GUGGCUCCAGCUGUCCGCCUCUCCGGCUCUCCGGCUCUCAUCUCCGGCUGCUGCUCCGCCUGCUGCCCGCCUCUCCUGCGGCUCUUCUCGGACCGACAGCUUCUCCCGGAUUCCCCCCCCCGCAGCACCGGGGCAUCUUCCCGCCAUGGGUCUGACCAUCUCCUCGCUGUUCUCUAAGUUCUUCGGAAAGAAGCAGAUGCGGAUCCUGAUGGUCGGUUUGGACGCAGCUGGAAAAACAACAAUCCUCUACAAACUGAAGCUGGGAGAGAUCGUCACCACCAUCCCAACCAUCGGCUUUAACGUGGAGACGGUGGAGUAUAAGAACAUCUGUUUCACAGUUUGGGACGUUGGUGGUCAGGACAAGAUCAGACCUCUGUGGAGACACUACUUCCAAAACACACAGGGUCUGAUCUUCGUGGUCGACAGUAACGACAGAGAGAGAGUAGCAGAGUCUGCAGAGGAGCUCUCUAAGAUGAUCCAGGAGGACGAGCUGAAGGAAGCGGUGCUUCUGGUUUUCGCCAACAAACAGGAUCUUCCCAACGCCAUGGGGGUCAGCGAGCUCACCGACAAACUGGGUCUGCACAGCCUGCGCAGCAGAACUUGGCACGUCCAGGCCACCUGUGCCACUCAGGGUACAGGUCUUUACGAGGGUCUGGAUUGGCUGUCCAACGAGCUCUCGAAACGUUAGGGUGGCGGGAAGCGGCUGAUGAUGUCACCAAAUGAUGUCACCGUGUACAGACUGAUGAGGAAGAGGAGGAAGAGUGUUUCAGGACUGUUUGUGUUUUUUUAAAUUAUAAAUGUGUCGUCUCUUCUUCUCUUCCUCCUGUCGUCUGUUUUUACUUUUAAUCGCAUGUUUUAAUCUGAUCAUGUGACAGGAAGCACAGGGGCGGGGCUAAAAUCAGCUGUCACUCACCUGUGGCUGGGGGGCGGGGCUUGUGACAGGUGAGCUGUCAUGUGAUGAGUCAUUCCGUAACAAUGUGAAGAAGAAGCAGAGACGAUGAUGCAAUAAAGGUGUUUUUUUUUUCUUC